AGGCACCGAAGAUUCACAUAAAAGGCAAUGGUCGGUUCGACAGUAGUCAACCUUCUUUUUCUUUUCUUCCCUUCACUGCUUUCACUCUCAUUCUUUUCCAGUCCCGCAAGUCGGGCAUUCCUCUCUUUUAUCAAAUCAUCCCCAACAGUUCCAUCAAGAUGUUUUCGUCUACGAUUAUUACCCUGCUCAGUGCUGGAUUUGCUAUUGCUGCCCCAAUUUAUCCUCGGGAUGUAACUCUGGAUCCUGCUGCUGUUGCUGAAGCUCAGGUUAGAGACAACACUGCUACCCGUGCAUUUUCUGCAGCGCAGAUACAGACUUCAAGUGGGCAAUGUCUUGCGGUUGACCCUGCUUCCGGUGACUUCCGCGAAAAUCUUAUACCGAUUCAAGUCGUCGCAUGCAAUGGAAGUGACACUCAGCAAUGGGAUAUCAUCACCUCCGGCGUACACAAUAACGAACCAGGGUUUGCCCUGGUCGUGAGUACUUUGACAAACGGAUGCUUGAAUUUUGAUCCUCGAAGAGCUGCUGGUAACCAAGUUCUUCUUUUCUCUUGUGGCGGAAGAGCGGAUGGUAGCGGAGCUGUUACGAACUCACAACUCUUCACGUUUACUGGCGGAGCCGGCCCGUUGCCUUUGGUUCCUCAAAAUGGUAACAAUGGAACCUGCCUUACUGUGAACGAAAAUCUGCUGGACCAGACCUCUUGUGAUCCUGUAAAUGCAUCAGGGAACGAACUUUUCACAAUUUCUGCAUCUGGAAGUCAACCUGCAACUGCAUCUAACCCUUCAUCGACAGCCACUGAGACUCCAAGCUCCGUCGCCUCCAGUUCUUCUGUAGCUGUUUCUUCCGGUGUAGAAGCCGCUGCUACCUCUUCGACAGCUUCAGCUCCUGCAUCGACCGGAACCACUGUCCUCGACCCUGCAGCCGUAGCUCAAGCUCAAGUCCGGGACGACACCGCUACCCGUGCUUUCUCUGCUGCAGAAAUUCAGACUUCAGAUGGACAAUGUCUCUCCGUUGAUGCCAAUUCCGGGGACUUCCGUGAAAAUUUGAUUCCUAUAACCGUCCAGGCUUGCGACGGAAGUUCAGGACAGCAAUGGGACGUGAUCACAUCCGGGGUUCACAACAAUGUCAAUGGUACUGCUCUUAUUGUGAGCACCCUGACUCAAGGGUGCUUGAACUUUGACCCUCGUCGUGCAGCGGGCAACCAGGUCAUACUAUUUUCCUGUGGAGGACGUGCAGAUGGCAGUGGGAAUGUGACCACCUCACAGCUUUUUACGUUCACUGGCGCAAGUUCUUCGAUCCCACUUGUGCCCACGAACCAAGCCAACACUUGCCUCUUUGAUAACAAUGGGAAUCUGGAUGUCAAUUCGUGUGAUACUGCCAAUCCCGACUCGAGUGAGCUUUUCACCUUCUCGACCUCUGCAACUUCAGCCGUAUCCAGUUCACCGUCAAGUUCUGCUCCGUCCACUUCCACUAUCGUCACUUCAACGUCUGUAGCACCCUCUUCUGCUGAGGCAAUCGCUUCUGCUUCAUCAAUCGCUUCUGUAUCCUCCGCUGCCUCUACCACUGUUUCUGCUCCUGCAUCGACUGGAACCACUGUCCUCGACCCUGCAGCCGUAGCUCAAGCUCAAGUCCGGGACGAUACGGCCACCCGCGCCUUCUCUGCUGCAGAAAUCCAGACUUCAGAUGGACAAUGUCUCUCCGUUGAUGCCAAUUCCGGUGACUUCCGUGAAAACUUGAUUCCUAUAACCGUCCAGGCUUGCGACGGAAGCGCAGGACAGCAAUGGGAUGUGAUCACAUCCGGGGUCCACAACAAUGUUAAUGGUACUGCUCUUAUUGUGAGCACAUUGACUCAAGGGUGCUUGAACUUCGACCCUCGUCGUGCGGCGGGUAACCAAGUGAUCCUCUUUUCCUGCGGAGGACGUGCGGAUGGAAGUGGAAAUGUGACCAACUCGCAGCUUUUCACGUUCACCGGCGCCAGCUCCUCAAUACCACUUGUGCCCACGAAUCAAGCGAACACUUGUCUCUUUGACAAUAAUGGGAACCUGGACGUCACUUCGUGUGAUACUACCAACCCCAACUCAAGCGAGCUUUUCAGCAUUUCGGCCUCUGGAGCUUCAGUCGUAUCCAGCUCACCAGCAACUGCUACCCCGUCUAUUUCCGCCAUCGUUUCUUCAGCGUCUGCCGCUCCCUCGUCUGUUGAGAUUAUCGCUUCCGCUUCAUCAAUUGCAUCUGCAUCUACCACUGCCUCUACCAUUGUUUCUGCUCCCGCGUCAACCGGAACCACUGUCCUUGAUCCUGCAUCCGUAGCCCAAGCUCAAGUCCGCGACGACACCGCUACCCGUGCCUUCUCUGCCGCAGAAAUCCAAACUUCCGACGGUCAAUGCCUGUCUGUCGACGCCACCUCGGGCGAUUUCCGUGAAAAUCUCAUUCCUAUAACCACGCAAACCUGUGAUGGAAGUGCAGGUCAACAAUGGGAUGUUAUUACUGCCGGCGUACAUAAUAAUGUUCCAGGGACUGCACUAUUUGUUAGCACUCUGAUUCAAGGAUGUCUGAACUUUGACCCACGUCGUGCAGCAGGUAAUCAAGUGAUCCUCUUUUCUUGUGGAGGCCGUGCAGAUGGAAGUGGCACUGUGACUACCGCACAACUCUUUACUUUCACAGGAAACAGCACGACUAUACCACUUCUUCCAGCGAACCAGGCUGAUACAUGCUUGUUUGAUAACAACGGGAAUCUGGAUGAUACUUCUUGUGAUACGACCAACCCUGAGGCUGAUCAGAUGUUCACCAUUGUUCCCUAGAACUUGAAGUUCUCGCUCACAAAUGCUUGUUCAAUCAUGUUCUUGCAUCUAACGGCCGCGCCGUAUUCAAGUAGUUUAGGUCGUAUAUUGGGUUUUAAAGAAGAAAUAAGAAUUAUACAAAUAAAAUUUGCACAAAAACAAGAU